UCUACUCGUUUAUCCCAGCUACCACCAUACAAUGCCUCGUGUUUGGUUUAUCACCGGAAGCUCUCGCGGCCUUGGACGCUCUAUAGUCGAGGCGGCGCUCGAAUCCGGAGACUCCGUCAUUGCCACGGCUCGCAAGCCCGAGCAACUGACCGAUCUGGUCGAUAAAUACGGCCCCCAGAAAGUCCUCCCGCUGGCCCUCGACGUGACCAACAACGAGCAAGUCAUUCAAGCUGUCCAUGCUGGACACCAGAAGUUCGGCCGGAUCGACAUCGUCAUCAACAAUGCCGGAUACGCCAACACCACCGCAGUCGAAGAUAUCGACAUCAACGAUUUCCGCGCACAAGUCGACGCCAACUUCUUCGGGGUCGUGUACGUCUCCAAGGCGGUGCUGCCGAUCCUCCGCCAGCAGGGCUCGGGGCAUAUCUUCCAGGUCUCGUCUCUGGGUGGACGUCUCGCGUCACCCGGGCUCUCGGCCUACCAGUCUGCGAAAUGGGCCGUGGGUGGUUUCUCAACGGCCCUGGCUCAGGAGGUCGCGCCUUUCGGAGUCAAGAUCACAGUGCUGGAACCGGGUGGUAUCAAGACGGACUGGGCGGGCUCGUCCAUGGCGAUUCCGCCGGUCAGCGAGCCUUAUCAGAGUACCGUGGGGGCAUUCGCCGAGUUCCUACGCAAAUCGCCAGGCAUUGAGCUGUCCUUGCCUGGUCGAGUUGCGGCCAUCAUUUUGAAGAUCGUCGAGCUGGAGGAGCCUCCUUUGCGUCUGCUGAUCGGUCCCGAUGCCGUGGAAUACGCUGGCCAGGUGGCGCAGGGUCUGGCAGCGUCGGAUGAGAAGUGGCGGGAUGUGAGCCUUUCUUCGACUUAGAUGGAAUUUCUGCUUGCGAUGUAUUUAUCUGGAGCAAUCAGUGUUAGUUAUGUAGUACUGAAGAUGAAUGUAAAGAUAAUGUGAA